AUGGCCCCCAAGGUCGUCACCGGCAUGGUGCGCGGGUUCGAGGAGUCCCAGAACCAGCGCGAUGCCCGCGUCGAGGCCCUCUGGGCCAAGCUCGACCCGGGACAGUCGGGCGAGCUGGACCUGAAAGGCCUGAAGAAGGGUUUUCGCAGCAUGGAUCAUCCGCUCAAGAAUGCCGACGAGCUGCUGGCCAAGGUGAUGAACGAAGUGGACACAAAUCACGACGGAAGAAUACAAUAUGAAGAGUUUCGCACUUUUGUCGAAAAAGCGGAGAAGCAACUCUUUUUGCUGUUCCGAGCCAUCGACAAGGAUGGCAACGGAAAGCUCGACCAGGCCGAGCUGCAAACCGCAUUCCGAGCCGCCGGCCUGACCGUGUCGAACCGGAGGAUGGGCGAGUUCUUUGCCGACAUGGACAAGAACAACGAUGGAUACGUCACCUUUGACGAGUGGCGAAACUUCCUCCUCUUCAUGCCGGCGCGCGAAUAUGACUCCCAAUUACGUGCCGUGCUCUCGUACUACGAGUCCGUCGUCAACGUCACGCCAGAGGGCGAUUCCACUGUGAGCGAGGAAACGUUGGAAGGCCUAGGUACGGGCAGUUCCUCAUAUUACUCUCUUGUCUACUCCCUCUUCGGCUCCCUCCUGAGAGCCGGCUUUCCUCCACCUCAACCGACAAGUCCGCCGAUAUCACCACCUUCAUUACCACCCACAAAACGUGAAGAAGCGGAUGAGGCGGUAGACGUGCUGUCGAAGCAAUCACAGGGAAUGGACGCUGCGGAGGCGACUGUGGAGACCGUUGUCGACGCAGCGGCGCCGCGGCGCCAACAGUCGAUCGCAGACGACAGCGCAAGGCAACGCGGCGAUGGCGAUGGCACCCCGCAGGAUAGCCUGGGAGAGUCACAGACCGGCACAAAAGCCGCGCGAAGAAAGAAGUUCGUGCUGACAGACUAUGCGCCUGAUCCAGGUUACUUCCUUGCGGGUGCCAUCGCCGGGGGAGUCUCGCGGACAGCCACCGCGCCGCUAGAUCGUCUGAAGGUAUACCUGCUCGUCAACACCAAGAGCAGCUCGGAGACGGCUGCCGCGGCGCUUAGGCAGGGCCGCCCGAUAGCGGCGUUGCAGAAUUCGCUGCGACCCAUCAAGGAUGCCGUGCGAGACUUGUUUCAGUCCGGCGGACUCCGCAGCUUCUUUGCGGGUAACGGCCUGAAUGUUGUCAAGAUCAUGCCCGAGACGGCUAUCAAGUUUGGGUCCUACGAGGCAGCUAAGCGUGCUUUGGCAAACCUUGAGGGCCACGGCGACCCCAGGCGGAUCAACUCGUACUCGAAGUUCACCGCAGGCGGUGUCGCCGGCAUGAUCGCACAAUUCUGUGUCUACCCACUGGACACACUCAAGUUUCGCCUUCAGUGCGAGACGGUCAAGGGCGGCCUGACGGGAAGCGCCCUCGUCCGCCAGACGGCCAUCAAAAUGUACGCCGACGGCGGAGUCCGAGCUUGCUAUCGAGGUGUCACCAUGGGCUUGGUGGGCAUGUUCCCGUACAGCGCCAUCGACAUGGGCAUGUUUGAGCUGCUCAAGAAGUCGUAUCGAACCUACUACGCCAAGAAAACCGGCUGUCAUGAAGACGACGCGAACCCCGGCAACAUUGCGACGGGAAUGAUUGGCGCGACAUCGGGCGCCAUUGGCGCUACCGUGGUGUACCCGCUCAACGUGGUCCGGACUCGACUGCAGACACAGGGGACGGUGAUGCACCGGGCGACGUACACGGGCAUCUGGGACGUGACGACGAAAACCAUCCAACGAGAGGGCUGGCGCGGCCUCUACAAGGGCCUGACGCCGAAUCUGCUCAAAGUAGCUCCGGCACUGAGCAUAACGUGGGUGGUGUACGAGAACUCGAAGCGGAUUCUGGGGCUGCACUGA